AACCAACGUCCACUCUUCGGUUGAUUCAGUUCUUCAGUUGUCUUCAGCUUCACUUUUCACUUGUCCUUAAUGCAGCGCUGCAUUUCUUGAUAAAAAGAUAGUUUAAGCAAAUGCUUUCAAAUUACCUCCUGAAAAUAAAUCGGUGGUGUCCUAUCUUGAUGAUUGCUUUUAUCAAGUUUUAUCUAAUCUGAAUUAAGUAAGUGUCUUCUUGACGAAGGAUCUUUGUGUCUUCUUGACACGGCCAUGGAUUUGUCAAUAAAAAAGACGGAGGAUUUGUCAACGAAGAAGACAGAAUUCUACCAAAGAAUUUUAGAAGAUAUUCAAAAAAGUGUGAACGCGAGAAGAGCCAGAUCCUGCAGAGUAAAAAGGUCCUUAAAGUCACCAGCAGAGAAGAUUGAGGCAAUCGAGAGGGUCAAAAAUGGAGAAAGGAAAUCAUCAGUCGCAAGAGACAUUGGUAUUCCAGAAUCUACUCUUCGGGGUUGGUGCAAAUCAGUAGAGAAAAUCCAAAACAUGGCAAACACUUUUUCUCCAGAGAGCAUGGCUCACUCUCCAGCAUUGUCUUCAGAAGCUCAUGAAGUGAUUCAAUCCAGCGACGAUGAGGCUCCGCCUCUGAAGAAGCUGAGGCAAAAUUUCCAGCAACCAACAAACUACUUGGAGGAGGAGAAGCUUUUUUUCCAACAUCUGGAAUUGACUUCGACACACUGUCACCCUAAUCCCAGGAAGAGUAGCAUCAAUAAAAAAAGGAUUGAUGAAUCCCCUUGGAUGACUAAACUACUCAGUCAUCAUUCCGAAACAGAAGAUGCUCCAAAGUCUGUAGCAGAGGCUAUCAAGCAUGGAGAACAAUUUUUCAAGUGGAUUGAUGAGUGUUCGGAUCCAUCAGAGAGAGUCAAAUUCAAGCAGUUCAAGUUCUUGCUGGACAACAUGAAGACACACAGAAACGAGAGGGAUUUAUCCGAAUUGAAGUGGAGCACCGAGUACCCUGGAAAUGGUAUAAUUUUUCAGUAUCUAGAUGGUAGAAAUGCAAGCCCUUGGAAUUAAUUCGUGCUGAGUCUGUUCAAUUUUUGGAAUCUUUCUAUCUAGAUUUCAAUUUAAGUUUUAUGGAAGACUGUAGUUUUAAGGAAGUGAAUUCUUUUAAACGAGUGAGCUCAUAAACCCAGUGAUAUACUCAUAACCGAGUUAAAACCCAGUAAAUAAACAUUUAUUUCAUACAUGGCCAGUAAAUAAACCCGGAUGCAAUAAGGGCACAUUAAACUUUUCGCGACAGAAAUUUAGAGAAAGGUAUGAUAAAGUUUUUCAGAAAGUUUGAGAUGAAAAUAUUGAAUGGGUUAGGAGCAGUAAUGAUUUUAGUUUAUGAUAGCCUUCGAGUUUAGUUUAGACUCCGGGUCUUACGCCCGCGACGCGGAGUGUGCGGCAGCGCUAGGCCCGGAACCUAUAGCAAACUCGAUAACUCAAGCGCUACCAUAAACUAAAAUCAUUCCUGCUCCCAAGUUAUAAAAUAUUUCGAUGUGAAACUUUCCAAAAAACUGCAUGAUAUCUUUCUGCGAAUUUUUGUCGCUAUAAGUUUUUUUGCCACUCGGUGUCAGAAAAAAAUGAAUAAAUUUUUUUUUAAUGCAUAUUUUCUAAUUCCGAUUUUUGCCAAAAGACCGUUUUUUAUUUUUAUUUGAAAACUAGAAAAGCUACUACGUUUUUCUAACUAAAAAGAAUGCGCAAUGAAAUUGAACAGCCCUCAUAUAUGGUUAUUCCUUGGUGAACAAAAAUUUCUUUCAAGAAACUUUAUUUUCUCUUUUAAUUCAGCUUGUCUUUUUAAUGGUAUCAAAGAACUUUUUGUCACAUUUCUCUCACUUGCUAAAUUGCGUAAUUAUAUUUUUUGUAUUGAUAUUUUGUAAUCGAGGAAAUAAAUUGAUAAAAAAUUUAUCAAAUGUAUUUAAAAAAACUGAGAAAAUCUAUAAGUGACAAAUAUUGGAUUAUUUUAUACAUGUUGGAGUAAAAAAAUUUGAUAAAAAGUUAUCAAAUGAAAAAAAAAAACACUGAGAAAAUCUAUAAGCUACGAAUCUUAGAUUAUUUUAUAUAUGUUGGAGUCUGCGGGAACUAGUCAAUAUAGUCACAAUUUCCAUUUUAUAAUACUCAUUUUUUUAUUUAGUUAUGGUAGUUUUUGCCAAAAAUCAGGUCUCUGGUAGUCUUAUGAAAGAUAAAACAUACUUUUUUACGAAAAAAAUGCAAGCAUACGGAAAAUAAUUAUUAUAAGAAUAUUUUUUGUUAUUUUUUCUUAUUCUAUCUUCUUACCAAUUUCAAAAAAAUUGUUGAAUUUUUUAAUUAUGGUUUAUUUGUACGGGAAAAAUUUUCGGCGACUUUACUCCUUCCAAUUUUGAAAAUGAGUAAAUAAUAAAAUAUAGUUAUUUGCUUUAAUGCAAUUUUCUUUUAAAAAAAUUUUUCAACUAUUUUAACCAUUGAUUUUUUUUCAAAAUUAGAAAAAAUUGAGUUGUAGAGAAUCUUCUGUCCAAAAAUAUAAGGCAUAAUUUAUUAGAAUUCAAAAAUUUUUCAAAAAUUUGUUUCUGAUUUAUAAUGGCAUCAACAGUAAUAUUAUUAUGGUUCUUAAAACAUAGAAAAACCAUUUUUUCACAGACUUUAUUUUUGGCACAACACUCUUAAGCCCAUAUAAUACUUACCCGAUUAAUAUUUUACCGAUGUGUGAACAAUUCUCGUCCACGAAAUAUGAUAUCGAGUUGAACGUUUCGAAAAUUUAUAAAGUACACUAAGGAACUUUUUUAUGGUACUACAUUUUUCUAAUUGCAAAAAUUAAAUUUUUGUGUAAUUAAAAAAAUUUAGGACUAUAAGAAAGUUUCUUAAUGCCUUUUAGUUAAUUUCUUAAAUUUUCAAAUCGAUAUAUACUACUAGUAAGUAAUAUAUAGCCUUAAAAAACUCCACUGUUGACAUGUAUUGUCCACUUCGCACGUUUACGUAUAUGAACCGAAAAUUGUACUUUUUUUGCAGACAAAUUUUUAUUUGUGAAAGAAACACCUUUUUGUGUGAAACAUUGUCCGAAAAUAUUUAUCGGCGAAUAAACUGAUAGUUAAACGUA